GUGUCAGUUACAGUUAUUAUUACAAGUCAGUUUAUCUCAGACGUGUGUGUGAGAAAUAAAAUAUUUUUCGGAAUGGAAUCUAUUAUGAGCUUAAGUGUAAUGGGAGGCCCAGCCAUACAUCUAGAACCCGGAACUCUCUACUCGAUUGGCCGCAAGGCAGGUCUGGAGUUUCGCAUCGACGAUGAUUCCUUGGAGCUUGUGCAUGCCUCCAUAAUCAAUUUUAAGCAUCGACCGGGAGUCCUGAGCAUGCGCACCAUCUCGGGCGAGAUCUUGGUCAAUGGGUUGGAACGCAAUCCGGCAGUGAUUACCAAACUUGAUGCCAUUGAUGGCAUUAUAAAGCUGCGCUUCGGUAAAGUGGAUGCAGAAAUAAUUAUGAUGCACCAACCAAUGGAUAGCAGCGAGGGUGAAGAUACAUCGGACAAUUCCACAACUGACAGUUCAUCGUCUGAAGAUCUCGGGGGCGUGAUCUAAGCGACUGACUACCCAACUACCAUACCAUACUAAAUUCACACUGCUGGCAACACUUUCGCUGAUGCUGGGCCACACUUCUGCCUCUCUAUAGUACUCAUGUUGUUUUUUGUUAUUAUUUCGAAACUCUCUAUAGACUUUAAAUAAAUUACAGACUUGA